UGGGGUUGUCGAGUUGUUGCCCCACGGCGUUUAUCUCCGGGCCGGAGAGACUGUCAAGAGGCACCCUGGGAGGCUGCCAAGCGCGGCUCAGGUGGCCAGCCUUUCCCGCCGGCCGCGGCCCGUAUAUAUACCCCGGCUUGCCCGGACUGCGGAAGAACAGUGUAGUUCCUUCUGGAGUCCUCUCUGCCUCGUCCGAGCAGACCGCCUCGAGCAAAGCAACACUUCGCAGCCCCGAGAGACAAAUAGGCCUGCAAACAUGAUUCUUCAAGCGAGGAGCAUACUCCUGCUGGUCUGUGUUGGAUCAUCACUGUCUGCUGUGCUGCCUGUUCAAGACCCACAAAUGCUGUACUUGGCUGGCGUGUAUCCGUCAGCAAGCCUGCGGCUGAGAAGAGCCGCCAGUCCCACGCGGGCUAUCAUGUACACCGGCUACUUCAGCGCCCCUAGGGGCUACCACUACAACCCCAACUUCCAGCCGCGAACCUACGAGCCGCAGGGAGCGAUGACAGCUUUCGCCGCAGGUAACACAGUUGCCACGCGACACUACUACGGCAACGAGUACCAACCUACCAACGUGCAGCCGAACUGCGGCACGUGCCUGCCGAACAGCCAGGACGUCCCGCAAGCGCAGCCGGACUCGACUGGCGUGACGUUGCCGCCGCUGGACGUGGCAACACCGCCGCAGCCGCAGCCCCAGCUGCCAGUCACCAUCUUAAGCGACGCAGCGGCGACGGAGCUGCCGGCUGACACCCCGGAGGAGACACCGGAGUCGGCGCCGCUGCCCCCGGCUGAAGCCCCUGCACCCGACGCGCCGCAGCUCCCCGAGGCUCCGCAGGCGCCCGAGAAGGGCGACGAUGACGUCAGCAAGAGCGCGCAGGAACCGGAGAAGCCCGGCCGCGCCAAGGCACCCAAGUACCCCACGAAGCGACCCGACGAUGAGGAGGAGUACGACGAGGAGGACGAGCAGCCCUUCCACCCGAGCAAGGGGCGCAACCCGGGCAAGCACUACAACUCGUACUUCCCCAUCUACUUCGGCCUGCCGGGCUACGGCGGCCGCGGCCAGGGCGAGGGCGGCCCGCUCAACCCGGGCGUGGCGACCGCAAUCGCCAACAGCUACAGCAACGGCCGGGGCGCCGUCGCGACCAGCCACGCCACGGCCUACGGCGGGCCCAACUUCGGCAACGGCGCCAAGAAGGGAUCGAAGGGACGUACUCCGCAGUAAUUUCACCUGUAGAAAAGUCAACCUGAAAACAAUGCAAGAAAUAUUGCAACCAAGAAACUUUGUUUCUUAAUAAUAUUUUUUAUUGUGAUUUGAGUUGAAUGGACUUAAACAUAUAUAUUAUAUUGAUGGACUGUGUUUGCUCAAGACAGAAGAUACUGCAGUGAACUCAAGUCACUUUUCAACAACAUUGACCUAUGUAUAUUGGCUAAUUACACAAAUAAAAAUGCCAUGUGUAUGUAGAAACCUUUUUUUAAAAAUCUAUGUAUGAAAAAAAUAAUCACAGCAAUUCCAUUAAAUAAAACUUUUGUAAGUA